CCGGAGAGUGAAGGGGCGGGGUUCGGGUUAGGGAAGGGGGGCUCGGGUUAGGUGUGGGGGGUGCUCGUGGAGGAGGCGGAGUCACAGCGGUCCUGCCAGAGCCGCCAUUUUUGCAAAGGGAAAAGAGACUGGGUAGAGGGGAUCUAAUUUCCAACAGUCGGCGUAGGUAGGGCACAAUUUUAACGGUUGGAAACUGACUGUAAGUCAUUUUUAUGUUUCAAGAACAACCAAAGGAAAGCAAUUAAGAGUAGGAAAGAUCCCCGAAGAAGCCUGCUAUAAGUGUAAACAUUUGUAAACCUUUCUUGUAGAUCCGCAGUGUGGAUUGAAGUAUUGUUUUGGUUGUGUAGAGGCUCUAGCGACGGGGGUCUCACCCAAGUCCCGUUUCUUUAUUCAGGGUAUCUACAGUGGACUUUAACGGCCUUGUGGAUGCACUUAGAUGUCUGCAAUGAGUGCUGUGGCUAGCAUGCCUCAGUGUUUUGGACUCCCAUGCUCUGGACUCAGUAGGACAAGAAUUGAUCAGCAGAGAACGUCAUGAACAUAGUCCUCCCAGUAGAGGUGGACACAGCAGACACCUCAUACCUGGAAAUGGCUGCAGGCUCAGAACCCGAAUCAGUAGAGGCAAGUCCUGUGGUGGUGGAGAAGUCCAGUUAUCCUCACCAGAUCUACAGUAGUAGUUCUCACCACUCCCACAGCUACAUUGGGCUACCCUACGCCGACCACAACUAUGGGGCACGUCCCCCACCCACGCCCCCCGCCUCCCCUCCCCCCUCCAUGCUGAGCCGGCAGGGCGAGGGGCUGUUUGUGCCGGGGGUCCUUCAGGACGAAGCGUCUAGGGGCACCACACUCAGCACCUCGGAGGACGGAAGCUACGGGGCCGACAUCACCCGCUGCAUCUGCGGCUUCACCCAUGACGACGGCUACAUGAUCUGCUGCGACAAGUGCAGUGUGUGGCAGCACAUAGACUGCAUGGGGAUCGACAGGCAGCACAUACCUGAGACAUACCUGUGUGAGCGCUGCCAGCCUCGCAGCCUGGACCGCGACCGAGCCGUCGUGCUGCAGACCCGCAAGAGGCAGAACAUGUCGGGUGAGUGGAGAGAUGGCAUUCCGGCAUGUCUCUCUGCAGACGGGGACACCAGUGCCACAGAGAGUGGGGACGAGGUGCCGCUGGAGCUCUACACAGCCUUCCAGCACACUCCCACCAGCAUCACACUGACCACCAGCCGACUGGGGGCCAACAAGCAGGCCGACAAGAAACGCAAGCGGAGCGGAGACAAGGACCCUCCCCCGGCCUCGGCCCGAGCCAAGAAGGCGUUCCGUGAAGGUUCCAGGAAGUCCUCCAGAGUGAAGGGAGGUGCUCCAGACAUUGAGCCUGGGGAGAGCCCGUCUCUGUGGGAGAACAAGAUCAAGGCGUGGAUGGAGGCGUACGAGGAGGCCAGCAGCAACCAGUACAGCGAGGACGUCCAGAUUCUGCUCCGCGUCAAGGAGGCCGGCGACGGAAAGACGCUGGCCUACAACACGCACACGGCUACUUUUAAGCCGCCCGUGGAGAGUCAGGUGCAGAAGAACAAGAAGAUAGUAAAGACGGUGAAGGACCUGGCGCCAGACUCCCUCAUCAUCGAGUACCGUGGCCGCUUCAUGCUCCGACAGCAGUUUGAGGCCAACGGGUGCUUUUUCAAGAGGCCGUACCCGUUUGUAUUGUUCUACUCCAAGUUUGACGGCUUGGAGAUGUGUGUGGACGCCCGCAGCUUUGGCAACGAGGCGCGCUUCAUCCGCCGCUCCUGCACCCCCAACUCCGAGGUGCGCCACGUAAUUGAGGACGGUAUGCUCCACUUGUACAUUUACUCAUUGAGGCCCAUCGCCAAAGGCACUGAGAUCACCAUAGGCUUCGACUACGAUUAUGGUUGCUGUAAAUACAAAGUGGACUGUGCGUGUGUGAAGGGGAACACUGAGUGUCCGGUGCUCAAGCACAACCUGGAGCCCACAGAGAACAUCGGGGCCGCCGGCCGCCGGCGGUGUCGCAAAGACAAGGAGCCCAUGAUGCAGCGGGGGGACAACCUGGGCCAGAACCAGAACAUGAUCCUGGACUGUGACGGCAAGGCCAAGGGUCUGGGGGCCGACAGCAAGCAGAGGAAGCUGUCGCCCCUUCGCCUCUCCAUCUCAAACAACCAGGAUCCUACAGAGUUAAUAGAGGAUCUAGAAGAGAAAACCGCUAACUCCAUUAGCAGUGAAGUAGAGAUGGAGUCAGAGGAGACCAUUGCAGAGAGGAAGAGGAAGAUGGCCAGCCCAGCGGAGGAGUCCCAUCUGCACGGCGUGGGGGCCUCCAGCUGUCUGGGACUGAGUAAACCAGAGACCCGCGAAGAGAGGAAAAUGGAGGCCAUCCUGCAGGCCUUUGCCCGCAUGGAGAAGAGGGAAAAGAGACGGGAGCAGGCCCUGGAGAGAAUCGGCACCAAGUCGGAGGGGGGCGUCAAAGAGGAGCCCCCUGCCACCCCCGAGGUUGACAUGCAGUCUCCUGGAGUGAUGACGCCCAUGCUGGAGGUGAAGGAGGAGCCAGGACUAAACAAGCCCACGCCGGCCAAGCUGCGAGGUAGCAAGCAGAGGAAGAGCUUCUCCCGAAGCCGUACCCACAUCGGGCAGCAGCGGCGGCGAGCGCGCACCAUCAGCACCUGCUCGGACAUGCCUCCAGGCUCACCCGGGGAACUGCUGGAGCCCCUGGCCAAUGACUGUCCCGACGGAGAGGCCCCCCGGGACCCGGAGCCUGAACCCCUGGCUUCACACCCCCCUGACGCCAGCCCCCCACAGAGCUGCUCGCCAGCGCCCGACAGAAACCGAUCCGGGCAAAAGUACCCCAAAACUAAAAAGCACUUAGUGAGUGAGUGGUGUGGUGACAAGCAGGAGCGGUCGUCGCGGACCCCAGAGCCGGCCCCGGAGAGGCCCCUGAGGAUCAGCAGUGACCCGGAGGUCUUAGCCACCCAGCUCAACGCCCUGCCAGGCAUGGGCCCCAGCCCGCACGUCUACAGCACGCCCAAACACUACGUCCGCUUCUCCUCACCCUUCCUGGCCAACCGAAGCCCCACCACGCCCGGGGUGCCCACUGGGCGGCGGCGUUCCCGCGAGCUCCCUGAAACGCCGCCCACCUCCGGCUCCUGCAAGAAGCGCUGGCUGAAGCAGGCUCUAGAGGAAGAGACCACCACCCCCCCGCCUGCCAGCAGGGGCCGUCCCACCCUGGUCAUGCCCAGCGAGGGCCCUCUCAGCCCUCCCAUCAACGGCGACUCCGACAGCCCCCUCCCCUACAACGGCAACUGUACAUUGCCAGGUGAGGACUCUGAGUUGCCCACUCCCCUGAAGAAGCGUCGCCUGGGCCUGUGUUCGCUGGACGCCUGCAUGUCAGAGAGCUCCACCCCCUACGGCUCUCCCUGCGCUACGCCCACCCGGGUCGAUCUUUCGGAGAUGCCGGGAACGCCGCUUCUGCUCGCCACGCCGCCACGCGUCAUCCGCACGGAGGAGCCGAGUGCCGAGCCGCUACCCAGCAGCCACGCAAACACGCCCACCGCCCCACAGGAGAGUGAGUCUUCCCUGGAUAGCUCACCUGAGGCCAGUCGCAGACACAGCACUCAAGAUGCCGAGCGUCCCCCUUCGCUGCUUUCAUCCCCCUGCGUAGCCCUCAGGACGCCCAGCCUCGACGUGCUGCCCCCCCUGGAGACGCCUAAGACCAGUGCCCCCCUGAGCCCCCAGCCUCCCAGCGCAGAGUCUCAGGACUGCGUGGGAGAAGAGGAGAUGGCUACAGGGGCCGAGGGCUGUGUUGAGGCCCCCUCAUCCUGCGCCGACCCAGCCCCCACCUCCCUCCUACCCCCCUGGGUAGAGAGCCCAGAGAGAGUGGGUAUGUCGGGGCCAGCGGGGCUGUCCUUCUCCCCCAUCAACUCCAACCUGAGGGACCUCACCCCCUCACACACCCUGGAGCCCAUCUUGGCCUUCAGGCCCGAGGCUGGCGUCGUGGCCGGGCCAGUGACUGUAACCGUACCCUUGGCUGCGGGGGCCUUCCCCGAGGCUGGGGGGCCUCUCUUCUACCCCUGCCCUGAGGAGGGGGGAACCCUGGGCUUCUCCCGCUCUCUGAGUGGAGACGGCACCGCCGAGGGUGGUUCCGGGCACAACCCCCCGCAGAAGAAAAAGGUGUCCCUGCUGGAGUACAGGAAGCGCCAGCGCGAGGCGCGGAGAAGUGGCUCGAAGAUGGAGUGCGGCUCCCCAGUCUCCACAACGCCUACCUUGGUGGAGAUAUUCCCGCUGCCCAUGGACGCCACCCCUGAGCCUCCACCCCUGGCUCCGGUUCUGGCCGCAGCUCAGGUGGCCCCCGUCCUCAGCGCCUCUGACUCCAAGACCCCCCAGCCCAGCGAUGACAUGGAACCCCCUGCAGAGGGCGACGUGGAGGGGAAGGAAGGCCAGUGGACCUCGUCCACCUCGGUGGAACAGGCCAGAGAGCGAGGCUACCACAGAGCCCUGUCCCUGAGUGACCACCACAAGGAACGAGAUGGAGAGGCAGAGGGUGCUGAGGUCCCAGUCAGAGACUGUCCAUCCCCUAAUGUACCGAACACCCCAACUCACACACCGUGUUCUCCAGGCCCCAGCGGUCCGUCCCAUUCUGCCAGUCGCCCAGUAAAGGAGGAUGAGGAGUGUGACAGCCAGUGUCGGACCCCCUCCCAGGCCUCUCCUCAGCAGCCCGCUAAGCUUGCAGGACCCAAGACAGCCCCCCUGACCCCGACCAAGCUGCACCCGGUGGCCCCCUACCCUUGCCCCUCACUCCUGCACUCCCCCAAACCCCAGACCCAGGGCUCCCCUUACCGCAGCCAGAGGUCCUUCCUCUCUGUUUCUCCCCAGACCCAACCCCAGGCUCAACCAGGCCCAGCCCCCUUCUCCCAGUACAGCUCCCAGUCCGCCCCCCCUCCGCCACCCCCGCCACCUCCCGCACCUCCAGUAUCAGCGGCUUACUUCCCUGGGCAGUCCUCCCCAGCCACGGGGCCCUUCCCUGGGUUCAAGACUGCCGUGACGUCCCCCUUCCCCCCCGGAGCCCAGACCCUUCUGCAGACUCUAACUCCCCAUGCGCUGCACUACCAGAGCUCCGGUGCGCCCCCUCCGCCACCCCCUCCCCCGCCGCAACACGCCGGGCCCGGCCCCGCCCUUCUGCACGUUAACCUGCAGCCUCCUCCGAUCCAGCAGCAUCAGCUCCUCCUGAGCACAUCUCCCCAGUCCUCCAUCCCUCCUCCUCCGCCCCCUCCUCCACAGGGCCAGACCACCCAGCAGCAGCAGCAGCCCAGCGCCCUCCUGUCACUCAGCCAGGGUUUGCCUCCUCCGCCCCCUCCACCUCCUCCGGCCUCCUCCGCCAGCGCCCCCAUGCAGGUGCAGGCUCCUCACCACUUUCAGAACUUGGGAGGAUUCUCCACCCCGCUGCUGCACCCUGGUGGCACCGCCAACCCCUCGGUGCCCCCUUCUACCUACCAGCAGGCCGGACUGCCUCCCCCGCCCCCUCCACCUUCCCAGCAGCAGACUCAGCCGGCCCAGGCCACACCCCCUGCCCCUCAGAUGCCCAGCGGGACUCGGGGCGCCCCGGCCGCCUCCUUCCACAGCGCGGGUUACCUGGGCACAGGGUGGCACUGACAGCCCCCAGGCAGGCCUCUUAGGCCCUGCCAACCCCUAUAAACUCUCUGUGAGAGGGGCUUGAAGACAGAUGGCACGCAACCUGUAAUUAAAGCUGUACAUAUUUUCUAUAUACCUGAACACAUGGCCAAUGGAAAAACAGGUGAAUGUGGGAUAAAGGGGUACUUUUUAAAAGGACAAACUGAAAAUAAGGACCGUGAAACAAUCUUAUUAAGAGACUUUGUGGUUGAAAUGAAGAUGGACGAUUCCCCAGGUGCUCAUCCCUCUCUCAUCCCUCCCCGUUCAUUUUGUAUUUGAUUUCCCUCCCGUGGCGGAGAGACUGCCUGUCCGUCUCUCUGUGUUGUCCUGGACUCUUAUUGUAAGACCCUGCACUUUCUGUAUCAAUGGACAUUCCACCCCUCCCAUCAGUUAGUCCUCCUUCUACUGUCUAUUGUCUGCUCUUCUAUACCAUUUCUUUGUUUUAUCUAGUUGUUCAUUAUAGCGAACUGAAAGCUUUUUGUAUAGAGAAAAAAAAACAUACAGAAUUAUUAUUUUUUUGUAUUCGUCUGUGUAACAAAGAUCUGCUCCGCUGCAGAGAUUUGGAAAACAAUCUUCUGGAGCCCACUUAACCGCCUCAGGAGGCCGCGCUCAUAGAGUGCCCCGGUCAGAAUGUCUGUCUUUGUGUGUGAGGAGGAGAAAGCAAAGCAAGGGACAAGGAGAGCGGUAGAGUACCGUUGAUGCUGUGGACUUCUGAGGUAGCCAGAGUGAGGUCUCACCCGUAGGUAGGAGGUUAGCGGUUUAUUUUUGAAUAUCAAUGGUUAUUUGUAGAAAGUGUAAUUUAAUGUAUAGGUCGUUACUCCAGCUUUCUCCAGAAACAGGUUGUAUAUAUUUGCUUCUUUUCUUUUCUAUGCUUGUACAAUUCGCUCCCAUCCCAUUUUGGAAUAUGGUUGUAAAUAUGAGCGCUUUUCUUGGCAAAGCUGAAUGUUUCUGUGACAGUAGCACUAUUUCUAUUUUGUUUUUCCUCUAUUCAAUUUUGUCUUUUUAUUAUUUGUGUGUGAGUGUAUGUUUGUGUGGAGGAGAGAGACUCAGACACUGCACUGGUUGGCUAUUUUCAUGGUUCAUUAUAAUAAAUCACUGUAAUGACAGUUUUAUACCACU